GGCUCGGGCUCGGCGGGGGCCUGGGGCGUGCUGCUGGUGGGCGGCCCGGGCAGCGGCAAGACGGCGCUGUGCUCGGAGCUGCUGUGGCCCAGCUCGGCGGCGGGCCUGCAGCGCGGCCUGCACCGCCAGGCCCUGGCCUUCCACUUCUGCCAGGCCCAGGACGCCGACACGCUGGCGCCCGCCGGCUUCAUCCGCGGCCUGGUGGCCCAGAUCCGCCGCGGGGGGCUCCUCCCGGGCUACGAGGACCGGCUGCGGGAGCCCGCCCUGCAGACCCUGCUCAGCCCCGGACAGUGCGAGCGGAGCCCGGCGGAGGCCUUCAAGAGGUGUGUCCUGCUGCCCCUUUUGGGGAUGAAGCCCCCCGAGCAGAGCCUCUUCUUGCUGGUGGACUCGGUGGACGAGGGAUGCAACGUGUGCGAGGGCGAGCAGGCGUCGGCCGGUCUGGCGGGGACGGUGGCCGAGCUGCUGGCCGAUCACCACGACCUCUUCCCGCCCUGGCUGCUGCUCCUCUGCUCCGCACGCAAGCAGAGCAAGGCCGUCACCAAGAUGUUCACCGGUUUCCGUAAGAUCAGCCUGGACGACCUGCGCAAGGCCUACGUGGUGAAGGACAUCCAGCAGUACAUCCUGUACCGGCUGGACCUGGAGGAGGCCCUCCGGCAGCACCUGACCAAGGACACGGCCGAGAUGCUCAACCAGCUGCACAUCAAGAGCAGCGGCUGCUUCCUCUACCUGGAGCGCGUGCUGGACGGCGUGGUGGACAACUCCAUCCUCCUGCAGGAGAUCCGGGACAUCCCGGGCACCCUCAACGGGCUCUACCUCUGGCUGUGCCAACGGCUCUUCGUCCGCAAGCAGUUCGCCCGGGUGCAGCCCAUCCUCAACGUCCUCCUGGCGGCCUGCCGCCCGCUGACCCCGGCCGAGCUCUACCGGGCGGUGUGGACCAAGAACACGGCCCUGACGGCCGAGGGCUUCCAGCGCAAGCUGGACGGGCUGUCCAAGCUGCUGGUGGACGGGCUGGGGGGCACCAAGCUGCUGUUCCACCACAGCUUCGCCGAGUGGCUGCUGGACGUGAAGCACUGCACGCAGAAGUACCUGUGCAACGCGGCCGAGGGCCACCGCAUGCUGGCGGUCAGCUACGGCUGCCGGGCCGGCGAGCUGGGCCCGCUGGGGGCGAGGGAGCUGGCCCGCCACCUGGUGCGCUCCAACCUGCGGCUGGCGCCGGCCGAGCUGGCCUCGUGGGUGGUGUGGAGCGGGGCGCCCGUGCGGGACGCCCUGGAGGCCCCGGGCCCGCCGCCGCCCCCGGGGGGCGGGGGCGCGGGGGAGGAGGAGGAGGAGGAGCAGGUGCGCCAGCUGCUGGUCCGGGCCGGGGCCCGGGUGGCCGGGGGCCAGGAGAACGGGGAGGAGGGGGGCGAGGAGGAGGACGAGGAGGAGGAGGAGGAGGAGGAGCGGGAGGACGGGGAGGCGGCGGAAGGCCGCAGCCCGCUGACGGCGGCGGCCCGGGCCGGCCGCCUGGAGGCGGUGGAGCGGCUGCUGGCCCGCGGGGCCGACCCCGAGCGGGAGGACGGGCGCGGGCAGACGGCGCUGACCCUGGCGGCCCGGCGGGGCCACGCCGAGGUCCUGGCCCGCCUGGCGGCGGCCGGGGCCGACGUGAACCGCACGGACCGGGAGGGCUGGACGGCCCUGCGGGCGGCGGCCCGGGGCGGCCACGGGGCGGCGGUGGAGGCCCUGCUGCGGGCCGGGGCCCGGGCGGACGGGGCGGACGCGGCCGGGCGGACGGCCCUGCGGGCGGCGGCCUGGGGCGGCCACGGGGAGGUGGUCCUGACCCUGCUGCGGGCCGGGGCCCGGGUCAACCGGGCGGACGACGAGGGCCGCACGGCCCUGAUCGCCGCCUCCUACAUGGGGCACGGCGAGGUGGUCCGCCACCUGCUGGACCACGGGGCCGAGGUGGACCACGAGGACGCCGACGGGCGGACGGCCCUGGCGGUGGCGGCCCUGGGCGGGCCGGGCGGGAGGGGCCACGCGGCGGCCGCCGCCCUGCUGGUGGAGCGCGGGGCGGCCGUGGACCACCGGGACCGCGAGGGGGCCACCCCCCUGCUGGCGGCCGCCCGCGAGGGCCACGCCGACGUGGUGGCCCUGCUGCUGGCCCACGGGGCCGACGCCGACGGGGCGGACGGCGCCGGGCGGACCCCGCUGCUGGCGGCCGCCGCGGCCGGCCGGGCCCCGGCCGUGCGGGCCCUGCUGGCCUGGGGGGCGGCCCCGGGGGGCGUGGACGCCGAGGGCCGCUCGGUCCUCAGCCUGGCGGCGGCCCGGGGGGACGCCGAAGCGGUGCGGGCCCUGCUGGCCCGCGGGCUGGACGGGAACCACCGGGACGCGGCCGGCUGGACCCCCCUGCACCUGGCCGCCUUCGAGGGCCACCGGCCCGUCUGCCAGGCCCUGCUGGAGCACGGGGCCCGGGCGGACGCGGCCGACGGCGACGGCCGGGUCCCCGCCCUGCUGGCCGCCCAGGAGGGCCACUGCUCCUGCCUGGGCCUGCUGCUGGAGCACGCGGCCGACGCCGACCGGCCCGGGGCCGACGGGCGCAACGCCCUGCGGGCCGCCGCCCUGGAGGGCCACCGGGAGGCGGUGGCCCUGCUCCUGGCCCACGGGGCGGACGCCGACCGCCGCGACGCCGACGGGCGGCCCACCCUCUACGUCCUGGCCCUGGAGAACCGGCUGGCCAUGGCCCGCCUGCUCCUGGAGGGCGGGGCCGACGUGGAGGCCGGCGACCCCGAGGGCCGCACGGCCCUGCACGUGGCCAGCUGGCAGGGCCACGCCGAGAUGGCCCGCCUCCUGGCCGCCCACGGGGCGGACGUCAACGCCGCCGACCGCGAGCGGCGCUCGGCCCUGCAGUCGGCCGCCUGGCAGGGCCACGCCGCCGUGGUGGAGCUGCUGCUGGACCUGGGGGCCGCCGUGGACCACGCCUGCAACCAGGGGGCCACGGCCCUGGGCAUCGCCGCCCAGGAGGGCCACGCCGACGUGGUCCGGGCCCUGCUGGAGCGCGGGGCCGACCCCAACCACGCCGACCAGCUGGGCCGCACCGCCCUGCGCGUGGCCGCCAAGCACGGCCACGGGCCCGUCCUGCGCCUCCUGGAGCGCUUCGGGGCCGCGGCCGCCGGGCCCCCGGCCCCCCGGCCGGCCCCGGCCGGCAGCCCCCCGGCCUCCGGCUCCCCCGACUCCACCGCCGACCGGCCCCGCUCCUCGCCCUCGGACGCCUCGUCGCUGCGCACCUCCUCCUCGGCCCGGACCGCCCCGCCCGACGGGGGCCCGGACGGCCGGCCGGGGGCCGCCCCGCCGGUCCUGGAGUACGAGAUGACCCAGCUGGACCGGCCGGCCGGCCGGGACCGCCCCGCCCCCGCCCCUCCGCCCCUCGGCGAGCAGAAGAGGCGCAACGGGAUCAUGACCAACCCCAACUACCACCUGCAAGGGGCCCAGGUGUUCCUGGCCCGCGGGGCCGGCCCCCGGCCCGGCCCGGACGGCCCCCCGGCCCCGGACCCCGACCUGAGCCUCAAGCAGGCCCUCAAGCUGCAGAUCGAGGGCGCGGACCUCGGCUUCAACUACAAGAAGGAGACCCCUCUGUGAAGUCGGUUUCCCCCAUCUGCGAAGCAGAAGCCCACGUCGAUGGCAGGCGUCCAGCACAGCGUCCAGCACAGCGUUCGUCGGUCCGCCCGGGAGACGAAGAGGGGCAGUCAGGCGGGCUGGCCUUCACGGGCCUUUUAGUUGCCAUCCCGCGCCUCUCUGCGGAGGUAGUCUUUUCGGCGGAGCCCUCCCAACAGAGGAGAUUUCAUUUGUCUACUCUCCCCUCUCCCACCCGGAAUGAGCACUUUUUUCAUUUCCGUAUCGUUACGAUUAUUUUUCUUCUCCGAGGCCGGGAGAUGUAGCUCGCGUUUCCCCGCCGGACUCCGCCGGUCACCGGGCAAGGACGUUGCGAUCGCCCGCCCGAGGAGGCCGCCUAAACCCGCCUCACGAUCGAAGGGGUCCGGAAAGACCGGGACGUUUGUAUUUAUUUUCCGCGUCGGAGGCCAGGGGACGCCCGGGGCCGAACGUCGGGAUCCCGGGCGCGUCGUCCCCGGAGAGGCGGUCGGAGCCGAGCGCCCGAAGUUCCGACGCAUCCCUCCGGCACGGCGGUUCUCCGAGGCACCGGGACCGAAGCCCGCCCCGGCGGGUCAUUUGCAAAAUCAGUUCGUCGGUCGUUAUUUAUUGAGCGCCUGCUCUGGGCAGAGCACCGUACUGAGCGUUCCGGGGGAAAGUGCAACAG